ACGAUCACCAUUGUCUUUUACGGCCGUAGCUCCGCCGUUGAUGGAUUACUCAGCUCCCAUUUGCUCGUUUUAUUAAAUUUCCUUCGAAACGUAAAUCUAACAUAGAACAGAAAUGCCGAUGUUGCGGACAACGUAGCCGGUGAUAUUGAGGCAAUUUCGCUCUGUGUGCUCAACUGUUGGCAAAUAAAUCUAGCGACUGCACUCAGCAGCGGAUGUCCUGAGGCGCAAUCGGCAAUGAUGCGCCUGAUACGAAAAAAGAUUAUGGUAUCGUUCCUUAUCUACAACUAUCUAUUUCUCGAAAGUUUAGAAACGAUAUGAACCACUAUAAUCCGUAAUAGCAUCCGAGAAGUUAUAAAAUGUGCAGGUUGACUGUCGGAAAGCGCGCGUUAAUACGAUAGGACCAAAUGUUAAUGACAUUUGGCAACGGACGCGUCUCGAGUGCAUUUUAACGAGUCAGUUAUGUCAAACACCAAGGAGGUGUUCGAUGCGUCGGCGCUAACUUCUGCAGAGAUCACCCGCAGGGUCGAAAUCCGGGAUACCGCGCAGUGUCGCGGCGGGCUGCGUCCCAUGAGGUCGUUCCGAGUUAUGGAAAGUCCGAUGCGCUCUUAUUGCACAAGUUCCCUGACUCCGUAGCCGCGCCAGAUUAUCCGUGGACCGCCGCGCGGAAACGACGAGUGUUCUUGACGGGAACAAGUGAAACUGCCAUUCAUUUAGAAUGUGAAUUUUUUUUCUAAACAGUACUCGCGAAGGUACAAGCUUUGCGAAAGGAGGACUUUGCGUUGAUAGAUCACAGACUCCGAGUUUACCUUUUAUUUAGCGAACGAAUAGCACGGUGUGUUAUCCCUUUGCGUUGCAAAGGAAGCGAUCUUUAAUGUAUAAUUUUCUCGAGUGGGUCAUUACGAUUCUUCCUGGUUUUGUAUGUUUUUCUUUAUUGUAAGUUGGUUGUUUUAGUCCUGGAAAUUUUUGUCCUGAAUAUCAUUAAUUUUUACUCAAGGCGCGUAUAUGACGUACAUUGCGUAAAGAAGAAAUUAUAUAUUACCAAACCAAUAACGAUGUUAUACGAUAUAAAGGCACUUUUUAAUCUCGAUUAAAUGGACGAUUAUAUCUCCCGUAAUUACCAGUCUGACUCUCGCCGGUUUAAAUCACAAUGCACGGAUGUAAUCAAUGCGCAGUCGUUUAUAUCGAGAUGAUAAACACACGUGUAUGUUGUGUACUCAUUUAAUUAUAGUUGUAAAACGAAUGUUACAUAAUCUUCUAGUAUUAUAUAUUUCUAAUUAUUUACUUAUGCAGAGUUGAUUCAAAAAGUUGAUCAAGUGGUGAAACAGCUGUUACUUUGCAAUACUUUGCAUAAAGUUGAUUAUGCAAUAUUUAAUCGCAUUUUAACAUGUUUGCGUACAAUUUUAUUGUAUUUCUAAUUAUCGUUAAUCAUUUGCUUAUUCAGAGAGUCAGAAAGUUGAUCAAAUUCUGAGACAGCAGGUACUUCGUAUAAAGAUUGGUUAUGCAAUAUUUAAUCGCAAUUUAACGUGUUUUGUACAAGUUUAUUAUAUAAUAUAAAUUUAUUAUGUUUACUUAAUUACGUUAUUUUUUGCUCCAGAGACAUGUACGUUCUAUUGCUACGUCAUUGAUAGUAAAUUAUUAUUGUAUGAUCAUUCUCGCGUUAAUAAUUCGCGCAUCAAAAUUCGUUGAGACGCAUGCUACGUGAAUGACUGUCGAAAAAAUGCAAUAUUCGAAUAAUAAGAACAAUUAAAGGUUGUGACGGAAUAUCUAUCUCUUCACGAACUUUGUACAUAUCUGUGUGUCGAUAAAUGAAUACAAAAUGGAUGAUGAUAUAUAUGAACGAGAAGACGUGCAAAAGAAGACGUUCGCCAAAUGGAUAAAUUCGCAGCUUCUCAAGAAUCAUCACGAGCCGAUCAGCGAUCUGUUCAUCGACUUGCGGGAUGGAAAUCGCCUCUUGUCACUCCUGGAAGUGCUCACUUCUAAGACUUACAAAAGGGAACGCGGUCGGAUGCGAGUGCAUCAUCUCAAUAACGUCAAUAAAGCAUUGCAAAUUCUUGAACAGAAUAACGUGAAACUUGUCAACAUUAGUAGCAAUGACAUUGUUGAUGGCAAUCCUAAAUUGACACUCGGUUUGGUGUGGAGUAUUAUUCUUCAUUGGCAAGUACAUUAUCAUUUGAAAGAUCUAAUGACAGAAUUACAACAGACCAACUUAGAAAAAACACUUCUUGCCUGGUGUCGUCAAAACUCACAGGAUUAUCCAGGCGUUGAUAUUAAAAAUUUUACAACAUCCUGGUCGGACGGCUUAGCGUUUAAUGCGAUCUUACAUAAAUGGAAACCUCACUUGUUUGACUUCAAUAAUAUCGCGCGUAAGCAUCCAAAUGCCAGAUUGGACCAUGCUUUUCGACUCGCACAAGAACAUCUUGAUAUCGAACGUCUUUUGGAUCCCGAAGACGUGAAUACUUCAGUACCGGAUAAAAAGUCCAUAAUGAUGUACGUUAUGUGUCUCUUCCAAUCGUUACCACAUUCGGGCGACGACAUUGGCGAGCUAGAUCUCUCAAUCGCAAGUGACAGCACUCCAGUGAGUCCCGUUACAACACCAGGAACAGACACUACUCUAACAUUCGGCAAUUUCGGAAUGCCAGCAUCUCGCCCGAUGAGCCUAGCUACAAAUGUUUCCGUCGAGCUUGGCGGCUAUCAGGUCGCGCUCGAAGACGUUCUAACGUGGCUUUUGGAGGCGGAGGAUAAAUUGAAUCAUGCCCCGGAGCCUGGCUCGACUCUAGACGCAUUGAAACAACAGUUCCACGAGCAUGAGACCUUCUUGAUGGAGCUAUCCGGUCAUCAAGAUGGGGUAGGAACUGUUCUAGAGGAAGGUGCAAGAUUGUUAGCUGAAGGCGGAUUGCAUAAAGAUGAAGAGCACGAGGUUCGUGUGCAGAUGUCUUUACUGAAUUCUCGAUGGGAGGGGCUUCGAAUGCGCGCCAUGGAGAGGCAAACGAGAAUCCACGAGGUAUUGAUGCAAAUGCAGCAGGCCCAGCUAGAUGCGUUACGACAAUGGUUGAUGAAAACGGAAGAUCGAAUUUCGCUGAUGGCAGCAACCGAGUUGAAUCCAUCAACCCUCGAGGAACAACUGAAGCAUCUGGACGAAUUAGAGCAAGAUAUUCACGCGCAACAAGACGUAGUCGACGGUAUGAGGAACAUGGUAGUGGUCGUGGACGAAGAAAAUUCCGAGGCGGUUUACGCGCAAAUGGAGGACCAAUUGUCUGCCCUCGGUGAACGUUGGAGUCACAUCUGCCGGUGGAAAGAGGAACGACGUCAGCGAUUGGAAUCUUUAUCCACGCUUUGGCAGAACAUUACCGAUGAUUACAAAAGGCUGGUAGCGUGGUUGAACGAGACGGAAAUAACAUUAAAGCAAAUGGAGGCUAACCCGGCGUCCGAAUUUGGCGAAGUGUUAGACAGAAUAAAGAAAUUGCAAGUCCUUAAAGCAGAAAUGGAUAUAAAUCAGAAGAAACUAACGUCUCUGCAGGAAUCAAUCCAGGAUUUAGAUGGCAACAGCUCGUCUUUAGAAUACGCGAAUAUUUUGGAAAAGAUUGAAAAUCUGCAAGAUCGAUGGGAAGCCGUCGGACAAAUCAUGGAAGUGCAAUCCCAAAGGAUAACAAAUUCUGGAUUUGAGUUGGAUUUAAUGUCCGAGGAGAAUGUAACAGCUGUUAAAGGGAACGAAUGGAUGUCCGAAACGGUAACAAGUAUAGCGUAUAAAGAAGAGAUUGCUGCAACAUCAACACCACAUAGCGAUUCGAAGAAACGUCGCGUUGACAACACUACUAAACACGAGUUUGAAUCGGCAUUGCUUCAUCUAUAUAAAUGGCUGGAUUAUGUCGAUUUAGAAAUCGGCCGUUCGGAGGGGGUGUUUGACGAAUUGAGCGUGGAAGAGAAGAGAGUUGUUUACCAAGAUACUCUGACGGACAUGGAUUCGCAUAAAAAUGAAUAUGAUAAAGUUCUUGAAAUUGGUAAACGGCUUAUCGACGAGUUAAAAAAUGCAAACGAAUCCACCGAAGAAGAGGAAUCCAAGAUUAAGGGCAUACAAAAUUGUUGGGUAGCGACAAAUAAUCGUCUCCAAGAGAUAAAGAGACGCAUAGAUUAUCUGGAGGAAGUGAAGAAAUUCCGGAGUGAACUAGCUAGUCUAAAUUUGAUGCUGGAAAGUUACACAAAGUGGUUCGAUACAAAUAAAGCAAACAAUCAGAUAGAACCAUUUAGGGUUAAAAUGAAAUCGAUGAAAUCCCAUAACGAUCGCGUAAAAAGGAUGCUCGAAAAGGCGAAGGAACUGUCAGAAAAUCAAGUUGCUACUGCGGAAACUAGUAAUGUGGGCGCAGACGUGAAAAUGUUUUGCACCAAGUGGGAGAAUUUGUACGCAAUGUUGUCGGAACGAUUGACUGAAAUAAGUAAUGCUAUCGAUCGAACGCCGCCUAAAAAGUAUAUUGAGGCAGUCAACAAUCUGAUGUCGUUUAUUAAUAAUGUGGAAGGUGUUCUAUUGUCAGAACAUAUAAUUAUGUCAGAUGAGAAGAUUAUGGAAGAGCAAAUGAAGAGAUUUAAAGAUAUACAAAGCUCGUUGAGAGAACAGGAAGCAAUUUUCAAAUAUGUCAAUUCUACUGGACAAGAUUUAAUAGCGAAGAUAAAUGACGACUCCUCUGGACAGCGGCUUAAAGAUGAAUUGCAGGAGUUGAAUACUAAGUGGAGUGAUAUUCCCAUCAUUUUGGAAGAGAAGCAACAGACUCUUACCAAAGAUAUCGCAAUGUUGCAAACGUUUAAUACCGAAUUUUCUACUCUUGAGUCCUGGUUCGAGAAAUCAUUGUUGUGCCUGCAAAAUUUAUCUAAAGACAACAUUACGGAUAAUGUCGAAGAAAUGGAGCACAAAUUGAAACAAGUUCAUUUGCUUUCUCAAGAAAUAGAUAAGACGAAACCGCAGAUAGAAGCACUUCGACUGUCGGCAAAUGGAAUAUUCGAAAAAUCUGAACCUAAUUUUGCAAGUAUGUUAAACAGCAAAUUGGAGGCUGUAACAUAUAAGUGGAACACAAUUGUUAACGAGGCUAAAAGUUUAAGCGACAAGUAUGAGAGUACUUUACAGAAAAAUGACAACAUUAUUAAUGGUAUAGAAGAUUUUACAAAGUGGCUGUCAAGUUUAGAGAAAGAGAUACCGAUAGAAUCAAGAAUAACAUCUUCGGUUGAGCUUUUCCAAGUUCGCGGUCGGUAUCAAGCGCUGAAAGACAACAUUGACAAACGAGUGGAAGAAUUUAGAAACUUGAACGAAAUGGGAAACGACAAACUAUUAAGUUCGGAAGGAACAUCCGUGCAAGAACUCGGUAGACGCUUCACUUUCUUAAAUGCACGAUGGACGGAUGUUACAGAUCGUAUAUACGAACGCUAUAGACACUUACAAAAUGCUAGUCAUGAGUACGGGGAAUUUCGUGCUUUAGUGGCACAGGAGAGUGACUGGUUGGAUAAGUUAGACAAGCGAUUAAAAAAGUCGCCUAAAACUGCUGCGGACGCGGAAGAAAUUUCGGAAGAGCUGGAUGAUUUAGAAAAUUACAUACGAAAUCAUCCGGAAUCUAGACUUGAGAAGAUUCAAGAAAUUGGUAAACAACUUAUUGACAGUAAUAUUAUGACUCAUUCUAUCGAGACCGACGUAGAGGGAUUGACAAAUCGAUGGGAGAACUUAAACAAGCAGGCAGGGCAGCGGGCCAAGCUGUUGGAAGGAUCAGUGAAGCAAGCCCAACAAUCGGAAGGGCGUAUCCUUGCCCUUCAGCAUUCUUUAACACAAAUAGACUCCGUACUAACUGCACGUCUUGAUUGCGACCUCACUGCUGAUGAUUUGCCUCACGAUUACCAGAAAUUAAUGGAAGAGUUGGAACAACAGCGUGCUACGCUCGAGGAAAUGUCAUCGCAAAUUGAAUCGUACAAAGCUUCUGGCAAACAAGAAGCGGCACUUCGACUCCAAGAACAAAUGUCCCUGAUUGAACAGAAAUAUGCCAAAGUGCAAAGAAAGUUUCAACGCUUUCGCUGUCCGGCCAAUAUAGAGUCUAGACUAUCGAGAGCUUUGCGAGAACUCAGGGGAAUUGAAGAAGCAACUUGUCUGUUAGAACUAUCGUCAGAAGAUCCCGAAGUCAUCGAGGGUCAAUUAAAACAUUGCUUGCGUUUUUAUCAAACUUUAAGUGAGAUUAAAAGUGAAAUUGAAUGUAUAAUUGUAACUGGAAGAAAGUUGGUUGAAGAUAAAACGGUACUCGAGCCAGAUAAAUUUUCAAAGCGAAUUGACAUGUUGAAGGAAUUAUAUAAUAAGCUUGGUCUUCAUAUAACGGAAUUCAAAACCAUAUUAGAAUCGGCAUUAGAUUUGUCACGCGACAUGCAUAAAAAUAUGGCGUAUAUUAACAUGUCUGUCGAAAGCAUAAAUAAGGAACUAGAUACGCAAAAGAGCAUGCCUGAUCUGCCGGUGAACGCGAUAUAUGUACGAGAGACUCUAACUGAAGUAAUACCGCGUCUCAACGUUAUAAGAGACAAGUUAUUUGUAUCGCAAAACCAAUUCUCAAAACUGUGCGAUGCCAUGUAUCUCGAAUCACUUAAGGAAAAGAUGUCUGAUGUAACUGUAAGAUUAGCUAACACAGAAAAGAGAUUGCGACUCUGUCAAGGCCCAGAGGACGAACCUAACGUCGACGAAAUAAACGCGUGGCUUUUACAAGUUGAAGAGAAGUUGAACAAUUUAGAUGCCGUUCCGAUCGAACAACUUACAGAACAUCACUUUGAACAGUGCAAGGCUGUGCAAGGCGAAAUGAUAGAGGCGAAACCGAAAGUUAAUCAGCUUCAACGUUAUGCGUUUUAUCCCCAAGUAGCCGAGGUAUGUGAGAAAUGGGAGGACAUCUCUAACAGAAUACAAGAAUGGAUCCACAAAAUCACAGACAGUUUGUUAAUAAAAAGUAAAGCAGAAGCUUCUAAGGGGAGAGACAAUUACGGGCGCAAUAAAUUAUCUAAACAGCUGGAACAAACUUCCGCGCAUUCUGCCAGAAAAGAAAAGAAAUUAAUAGACGAGAAUAAAGAGAUUUACGGCAUAGGAUAUUUUAAUCCUGCAUUUGACGAUAAUCAGUGCGCCGUUGUUCACACGCCGGAAAGCUCGCCCAUCGAUGUGCCUCAUCGAAGCCGGAAGUCUUCCGCCAAGUCGGAAAAAGUCAAAACCAGAAUCGUCGACGUCAGUAGGACAGUUAGACGAAAGUUAGACAUGAGUUCGGUGCCCGAUGUUGUUCAGACUUCUCAGCCACAAGUCGUUCAGGUUGACGACGACCUGCCGUCGCCUUGUUCCGACACGGACGCGCACAUGGCCGACGAGGAGGAAUUCUUUCUCGCUAAAAACAGCAAAUUGUUCUCCCAGGUAUCGAGCAACACUUUGACAGCAACAGAUACGAAGACAGACUUUAGCACCGCUUGCGCGCAGCAGAACCCAUUUCGAGUUGUAGAAGUGAAAGAGAUGGAGAUUGUAAAAUCGAUCGCGUCUCCCGAAGAUCACGUAAUCUUGCCGAGUGCCAACGUCAGCGUUGGACUGAUGCCGCAAGUAGUCGAAAGGGUGGAAAUUGUUGAAGAUACCGAGACGGAAGCAGAAUCUAUCGACACCGAUACGGAAGACAAGGAGGUCAAAGGGAAAAUAUCUUCCGGCAGCGGUGCCGCAGAACAGAUUGUUAAGAAGAAGGAACUCGUGCCAAUUUUAAAGAAGAAAGCUUCGGCUGAAUCUCCCGCGCGAAAUAUCAAGAGACUCAUACUCAAGUUAGACUUGGACACUGAUCAGGAAACUGUUGAUUCAAGUGGAGGCGCAACACCUUCCGAGGUUAGGCUAUUGAGGGCUAUUGAGAAGGGGCUAUUGACAAGGGAAGAGGCGGACGCAGGAUUUUCAAAUGCUGAACGUAGCAAGGUGGAUCAACAAUUGAAAGAAAGUUCAAAUAAGUCACCCAAGAUAAUAUCUUCCUGGAAAGACACAGAGAGUGUGGCGGAGUAUCUGAUAUUGGACGAUAACGAAGAAAGUGAAAAAUCUGACGUGAAAUCCAGCGAGCAAGCGGAGUGUGCUGCGGCGCGGAAGUCGGUAACGAUGCAAGGAAACAGGAGUCAGAAGGAAAUGACAUCUGCGAAGAGUCCUGGACGUUUUACAGUGCGCGAAAAUCUCGGUUACGCGAGCCGUAGCGAGGAAGAGAAUCUGCAUAAGAAAUCACCAUUGCUGAAACGUAUGAAGAGUCUAUCGAAAGACGACACGUUGGAAGAUUGCGAGAGCUUUUACGGCAGCGACAAGGAAACGGAUGAUGCAUUGAUAUUUUCGGACGACACGGAAAUUGACGUUGGUAGUUCCAGUUCGGAUGGAGAGGAUACUAAUUUAGGAGAGCAUGUUGAGCACCUCUUGGACAAGGUAACAUGCGUGUCGCGCAGACGCGGCAUUCAUGUCAACCAGUCUAUGAAAGUUGAAAAGUCCCUGCCAGUCUUACAGCAUAGAAUGGAAACGAGAGCCGUUCGCGAGAAAGCGCUAUUCAAAAGCCCGAUGGGUAUCUCUCGUACGGCAUUGGAGACGAGUAUCCUGGAGUUUGAACAGUUGGCACAAAUGAUGCUGUGCAGGAUGGACGUCAUGCUGAUGAGCAUCAGCGGUAUCUCCAAUGAGAAAGACCCUACGAAGCGUCUUGAGAUACUGAAAAGUGAGAUUAGCACACUGGCCCCAGACGCAGCGGCUUUAAUCAGUAAGGGAGACGGUCUAGUUAUGACGAUACACAUGACCGAUCCUGCACGAGCAGAGAAAAUCAAACACGAGCAUCAGGACAAGCUGAGGAGCAAGUGGCAGCAAGUUAUGGCGGAAAUUGAAACGCGCAGGAAACAGGCGCAAAAGGCGGAAGAGGUUCUGUGGCAAUAUAACAACAUAAUUGCGGAAUUUGAAGACUGGUUCAGGGAUGUACCGCUCAAGCUCGAACAGGCUAACAAUUACGAGGGUCAAUUGGAAUCAUUCACGGAAGAGUUUGAUGCGAAACAAGUUAAAAUACACAAGCUGAACGAGCUGGCCGCGGAGUUGAAAAAAUUAAACGUUGGCUAUUCGGAAUCGGUGCGCUAUAAUAUCAACAGCAAUUGGCAGAAAGUUAGCUCGCAGUUCAAGAGAUUCAGCGGCAGCAAAGACAAGGACAAACACGUGACUGAUAAGAAAGUAGAAUUGGAUAUUGGUGGCGUUAAUCCGCAAGAGUUUAUCGCACGCAUCAGCAAAUUGAGAGACGCGAUAGCGACCGUGUCGCGAUCUUUGAAUUCCUUGCCGCUGAACGGCAAAGAUUACGAGCGGUUCGCAAGCCAGGAAGAGUGCUUGAAGAAAAUUAACAACGCUUUAAAUAUUUUGAAGCCAAGCGUCGACGAAGUCAAUUACGUUUGCGAGAGCGUCACGCGGCAGGCCAAAAGAGAGCAGUCCGAGCAGAUAAAACACCUGAGCGAGAAAUUGCAGGACGAAUGGGCGGGCGUUAAUCAGAGCUACGUGGAAAGGCACAACCGGUGGAUUAAAUGUUACGAGAAAUGGAGGGAGCUCCAUAACACGUGCCAGACAUUUUCGGAGUGGUUGGAUAAGAUGGAGGACGCAUUAAAGAAGUGUCACGUUUUCAGCCAUUCUAAAGCGAGCAAAACGAAAACAUUCGAGCUGGAGCAAGAGGUCUCGAGGAUGCAAAGGACGUUAAAUAAUAUCAGUACGAUGAGCACAGAUAUAUCCAGCCGGGCCACCGCCGAAGACGUCGCCGAAUUGCAGAGUAUAAUUGAAAACGUCAAGCACCGUUGGCACAAUUUGGUAGCCGAAAUAAACGCGCGGAAAGAAAAGAACUUUGCCAUGGAGAGAAAAGUGAACAACGACGGCAGGAUUUUGGAAACGGCGUAUAACAUCGUAGAACAAGUGAAUACUCUACUGGUGUCCGCGGCAAAUCCUUCGGACGAAACCUCAUUGUCGAUCCGACUGUCGUUAAUUAAGGCGAGAGAAGAAGAACUCGUGUCUCGGAAAAGGACUUUGCACACCUUAGUGAGCCAACAUAACGUUCCCAGAGAAGAGGACGAGAACAACAAACUUCUCGCUGAUAUGGACAAGGCCAACGCAAAUCUUUCGAGCCACCGCGAAUACGUGGAAUGCAAGCUUGCGUCGCUCAGAAAGUACAUAUGUACCCUGGAUGCCGUUAUGGCGUGGGUCAUGGAGACGCGAACGCGACUGAGCAUCUCUCAAGACCUGCCGCAGCACGGGCGUAAUGAAGUGCUUAAAAAUAUUAUGUCUAAAGUCGAAGAUCGCGAGAUGGAGGUGAAAGAUGUGUUAGAAAACUACACCAAUCUGGAGAAAGAGUGUGAAUCAGCGAAACAACCGGUCUCCGUGGAAUUGCAGGAGAAGCUGAAGAAACUCAGAGAAGACUGGCAGUUUGUAAAGUGCUACGGCGAAAAUGAAGCUUCGGUCGCAAUUUCUACUGGGGCUGCAUCGAAAGAAGUGGAAAGGAGUGUAGGCACCGCAGCACCGGGGGCGGCGGGUGCAGCUGCAGGGGGCUCUCGGGGGCUGUCACCCUCUCCCGCCCCCUCGUCACCGUCGACCCCCGUAGCGACUAGCAGCCCCUCCGCUUCCGUCUCCUCGGCUUCGUCUUCACCUUCACCCUCUACCUCAGCUUCCGCCCUCGUCGCGGGACUCGAUAAAUCAGUGCUUCAGAUACGUGACUGGCUUACGGUCGAAGAAGAGAUGUUGCGACAACAAUCAGUGGUCGUCGGUGAUGUCGACGAAAUCAUGCAUCUUCUGGACAAACAAAAGAACGUCUUGCGGGAGCUGGAGCAAAAGAAGCCGCAAUUGGAUGAGCUGGUUCACACUGCCGAGAACUUACGCGCCGACACGAAUCGACAGCAGUUGCAUGGCAAAGUCACCAAGCUGAGGGAGCACUGGGAUGAGACGAAUUCGAAAGUCAUGCAAAGGAAGACGCAGUUGGACAUGAUGCUGGGAGACAGUCAACGAUAUGAGGCGAAGAGAAACGAGGUGGAGGUCUGGCUAGCACGAAUGGAAACUAGACUCGAGAGAAUGCGAGCUGUGGGACACACCGCCGACGUACUCGAGGCGCAGCUCAGGGAACAAAAGUCGUUUCACGCCGAGCUGCACCAGUACAAACAUCACAUUGAACUUUUUAAUCAGCUCACUCAGAAGCUGAUAGCGGUUUAUCAGCAGGACGACACGACACGAGUGAAGAAAAUGACGGAAACGAUCAAUCAGAGAUACAACAAUCUUAAUACGAGCAUCAUCAAUCGAGGGAAACUACUGCACUCCGCGAUGAACUCGCUCCACAACUUCGACCGGUCUCUAGACAAGUUCUUGGCCUGGUUGAGUGAAGCAGAGUCCUCGAUGGAGGGAUUGGAAGCGGAAGCCGAUCGACUGGGUGGACGACGAGACCAGGGCGCGCUCAGACGACCGCAACAUCAGCUUAAGGUAUGUAACCGAUUCUCUCGCAGCAGUGCAAGCACAACUGCUAUUUCGUCGGAAAUUGAAACGCACCGAGACGUUUACGCAUCUUUGAACGGCACCGGGCGAAAAUUAUUGAGUUCCCUGGCGAGUCAAGAUGACGCUGUUAUGCUGCAACGUCGAUUGGAUGAAAUGAACCAGAGAUGGCAUCAUCUGAAAGCAAAGAGCAUGGCAAUCAGAAAUCGGUUGGAGAGCAACACGGAACACUGGAACGCUUUACUACUAUCGUUGCGCGAGCUCAUCGAGUGGGUGAUAAGGAAAGACACAGAGCUCACCGGCCUGGGACCCGUUUGCGGCGACGUGGCUGCUCUACAAAAACAACAGGACGACUAUCGUGGCUUCAGGAGGCAGCUGGAGGACAAACGGCCGGUCGUGGAGAACAAUUUGCUGAGCGGCCGCCAGUACAUCGCCAAUGAGCCUCCGCUGUCGGACACAUCGGACUCCGAAGCAGGCAGAGAAUUGGACGGCGAUUCCAGAGGAUACAGGAGCGCCGAGGAGCAGGCGCGCGAAUUGACGCGGAGCAUUCGCCGCGAAGUGAAUAAACUUUCCGAGCAGUGGAACGCUUUAAUCGAACGUAGCGAUGCGUGGAAGCGGAAACUCGACGACACCGCUAACAAAAUAUGUGUCUUCCAAAAGUCCCUCGAGGAUCUCUCCUCGCGGAUGGCCGCGGCCGAGGCGAUCCAGAGCGGCUGGCAGAAUCCGAACGACGCCAACGAAGCGACGGAGCUGCUGGAGCAGUUGCAGAAAUUCGGCGAACGACUGGUACCGAUCCAGAGGAACAUCGAGGACGCGAACGACCAGGCGAGCGUCUUCGCAUCGAGCAGCGUCAUCGUUUCUCACGCUUUACUGGCGAAACUCGAAGAUCUGAACACCAGGUGGAAGGUGCUGCAAGUCGCAGUUGACGAGCGUUACAAGUUGCUAAGCGGAUUCGGGAAGGAUGGCAGCACUCCGGGUAGUCAGGCUUUCCUCGCGAGCAGCGUAGAACCACCAUGGGAGAGAGCCCUCACACCCGCCAAAGUGCCUUACUAUAUCAACCAUCAUUUGGAGACUACGCAUUGGGAUCAUCCGAAAAUGAUAGAGCUGAUGUCUUCGCUCGCGGAUCUAAACGAAGUUCGCUUUUCCGCUUACCGAACCGCCAUGAAACUGCGCACCGUACAAAAGCGACUGUGCCUGGACAUGUUGGGUCUUUCCACCGCGUUGGAACAGUUCGAUUCACACGGACUUCGGGCACAGAAUGACAAACUGAUCGACAUCCCCGAUAUGGUAACAGUACUGACAUCGUUGUACGAAGUAAUCGCAGCAGACAAUCCAACGCAGGUGUCCGUACCGCUAUGCAUUGACCUGGCCAUCAACUGGCUGCUCAAUGUAUACGAUAGGUAUACUAACAACCAACGAACCGGUCAAAUUCGAGUACUUUCGUUCAAAGUCGGUUUGGUUUUGUUGUGCAAGGGACAUUUGGAAGAGAAGUAUAGAUAUUUGUUCCGUUUGAUUGCGGAUCCCAAUAGGCUGGUAGAUCAACGCAAACUGGGACUUUUGUUGCACGAUUGCAUACAAGUGCCGAGACAAUUGGGCGAAGUCGCGGCAUUCGGAGGUUCGAAUAUCGAGCCCAGCGUUCGCAGCUGCUUCGAGAAGGCGGGGAAGGAUAAGAACGAAAUAGAGGCCGUGCACUUUCUGAGCUGGCUGCAACAGGAGCCGCAGAGUAUGGUCUGGCUGCCGGUAUUGCAUAGAUUAUCCGCAGCGGAGACCGCCAAACACCAAGCCAAGUGUAACAUAUGCAAGGAGUAUCCUAUCAUAGGAUUCAGAUACCGUUGCUUGAAAUGCUUCAACUUCGACAUGUGUCAGAACUGUUUCUUCUCAGGACGCAAAGCAAAGAAUCAUAAGCUGACACAUCCGAUGCAAGAAUACUGCACGGCGACAACCUCCGGUGAGGACGUGCGCGACUUUACGCGAGCGUUGCGCAACAAAUUCAAGUCCAAACGAUACUUUAAGAAACAUCCCAGAGUUGGCUAUUUGCCUGUACAAACUGUCCUGGAAGGAGACGCGCUGGAAAGCCCGGCGCCAUCGCCUCAACACAGCUCGCUUAGUCAAGAUAUGCACUCUCGUUUGGAAAUGUACGCCUCUCGACUCGCCGAGGUCGAGCUGUCGCGUACGAGAAGUAACUCCACGCCGGACAGCGAUGACGAGCACCAGCUAAUAGCGCACUACUGUCAGAGUCUCAACGGUGGCGACAAUAUUAACAUGCCGAGAAGUCCGGUCCAAGUCAUGGCAGCGAUCGACGCCGAGCAAAGAGAGGAGCUCGAGGCGAUGAUACGUGAAUUAGAAGAGGAGAACGCGACAUUGCAAGCAGAGUACGAAAGAUUACGCUCGAAGCAAACUCCAGGUUCGACGCCAGAGGACGGCCACAGUACCAGGCAGCCUGAUUGCGAUAUGAUUGCGGAAGCUAAGCUGUUGAGGCAGCAUAAAGGAAGAUUAGAAGCGCGCAUGCAAUUACUCGAGGACCACAAUCGCCAAUUGGAGGCGCAACUGCAAAGACUUAGACAACUUCUAGAUGAGCCAAACGCUUCUUCGCCAUCGAAGACCGGAACUUUGCAAACCCGAAGUGUAACAGCAUCACAAUUAGCGACCGACUCCCCAGCAAAAAUGAAUGGCCAUUAUCAUGAUUCUCCAGACGCUGUGGAGAUGUUAGAUAAGCUUAUUGCUAUUGGGUAUACGGACGUAGGUGGAGGAAGCUCAAACGAGGGCAGGCUCAGCAGUUUAGAGAGGCCACCGCCACCGCCGCAUUCUCACAGCGUUACCCACAAUGUGGGCAAUCUGUUGCACAUGGCAGGGGACUUAGGGAAAGCUGUGGGCGAAUUGGUAACAGUCAUGACGGAGGACACGUCGAAGACGAACGGGCAACGGGCGCCCCCGCCCGCGUUCAAAUAACAAUUGUAUCGCAACGUUCGUUCCGAUAGAAGCUAGAAGUCGGCUAGAUCGAUGCUAGAUCCAUUCGACAACGUUGCAAUCGUAACGUUUAAUCGUAAUUAUCGACCAAUAACAAGUCUGGCUCUAAACGCAUAUCAGAGACGAAUACAUGGUAUAUCUGCCGCGCAAAUGCAGGGUCAGGGGACUCGUCUCUCAUGGUGGUUUUGGGUAUUUUAUAAGUUUUGAUAUACGUCAUUGUAUAGCUGAAUUAUAUCGAUAAGACGAUUAUGGUUUGGCUUUCGGCGGUCCCCUGAGAGUAACUUUACUACAUAUUGACAUGUCAUAUCACGAAAACUAAUCGUAAUGAGAAAUCAAUUGUUAUGCUUGCUAGCUAAACUAUACAAACGAAUAAGAGAUAUAACGAAUAUAAAAAAAAAUACACGGAAGGAAAUAUCAUUAACAAUGCAUGCAAAAGCAAUGUAUCAAAUCACAUAAUCUAUUAUAGAACGUAGCUUAUAUUUACAUACCCAUUCUGUUCACUGCCACGGGCUCUUCCUCGACGUAACUUACACAAUGUACAUGUUGCGAUUUUAGAUGACGACACAUAAUGAGAAAUAGACAGUAUCCAUACCUGAUCUUCUUGUAUUCGGCGCUCUUGAAUUUUACAUUGAUAAUCACGAGAGAAUCUUUCAUAAUGAAACAGAGCAUUACGACUUUCAGAUUUAUUUUCUAUCCGGUUAAAUGGUUUUCUUUUAGAUUUUCUAAUUGAAAUUAAACGGCAAUGUCUAUUAUUUUUAAGCCUGCCGAAUGUUAUUAUAUCUAAGAGUAUAUUGAUAAGUACCUAAUCGAUAAACUGUAGGCUGUAUUCUGAUAUGUAACAAAGUUGUCUAGAAAAUACAUUCACCGCGAUAUUAUUGAAAUGUGAGCUCGCCGUGGUUCUGUUAUCAGUCUGCGAUCCGCUUCCUCGAGCGAAUGAUUUUUCUAUUUUGAAUGAAUUAAGUGCGCAGCAUAUCGUUUUCUUCUUUUAGACAUAUCACACCGAUGCCAUAUGUUAAUAAUGCUAUUGUAUCACUUCUGACGAGGUUGCUGUUUGCGAAAUGUAAAAAACAUAUCUACGAAAAAAAAAACUCAUAUUUUACCAAUUCGAUGAGCAUUGCGAAUGAACGUAAUGAAUUGUUAUUCACGUCGUUAGGUCACAAGAAGAUUGAUUUCACCUGACAGAGUGUAAAACGAUCGAAUAUGUUUCCAAACUCCGUCUGUAGUUUGUUGAAAGAUUGUUGGUUUUGCGAUUUCAUACAUUAAAAUAUAACGCAUUAAAAUUUAGAAGAUUAGGCAUAUAAAAAUAAAGUUAUAUACUGCGUACAACAUCAAACAGGUAACUACGUUACUUGUAAUAUAUUGUAAUAUGACUGAAAUGAUAUGGGACAAAAUGCUUAAAUAAAAAUAAUAUGAAU